AUGGGUUUCAAAGUUCUCAUUGCUGGCGCUGGCCCUACAGGCCUUCUCGCGGCCCUGGCUCUUCAGCGUGCUGGAAUCGAGUACAAGAUUCUCGAGCGUCGAAAGGAAGCCGACCUCAACUGGGGUGCCUCAGUCUGUAUCUGGCCUCAUAGCUCUCGCAUUCUAGACCAGCUUGGUCUUCUCAAGGAAGCCUAUGACCUUCACCUGCCCAUGGCCAAGAAGUGCAAUCUCCGACGCGAUGGAUCUGUCAUGAGUUGGAGUGACAUGAUUAAAAAUAUUGGUGAAUACCACGGCCAUGAAUGGAUGCUCUUCCAGCGUGGUGAUCUCGUCAAUCUACUCAAAGAAAACCUCUCCGACAUAACGAACCAACUCCUGCUCGACAAGGAAGUCACAACUAUAUCUUCCAAGCCCAUGGGCGUAGAAGUCACGUGCGCAGACGGAAGCACCUACGACGCAGACAUCCUCAUCGGCGCCGACGGCAUCAACAGCAACACCCGCAACUUUGUCAACGAAGAGACAAAAGAAAGCGAGACUAAGAACGAAGACUUCAAGACCACCUUUUACGGCUUCUACGGCCAUGGCGAAGAGCUCUCCACAGACCUCGUCGAGGGAACAGAUUACGAGACCCACUCGACAGGGUUCAGCGCUCAGCUCAUCAUGCCAACGCACAAAAAGUACUUCUUUACCAUUUAUCUCAAGCUCGACAAGCCGACCACGGGACGCCACUACAUCACGGCCGAGGAGGCUGGUGAGUUGGCCAAGAAGUACGAGGAUGUCUACAUGGCGCCUGGAAUCACGUUCAAGCAAGUCUGGGAGUCGAAGAAGUGGUUCUACACAGCCCCAUUCGAAGAAGGCGUCGCAAAGACAUGGUCCAGAGACCGCGUUGUUCUAAUCGGUGAUGCGGUGCACAAGAUGACACCCAACAUCGGUUUCGGUCUCAACACGGGGUGGCAGUCUACCGUUGUGCUGAUCAACCUCAUCCGCACACUCAUUCUCGAGAACCAGAACCCGGAUAUCAAUGAUCUGACAAAGGUGUUUGACGAGUACAAAAACAUUCGUUUUGCACACGUCACCAACGACGUCAAGUUGGCUGGUACGUCGACGCGAGCUGUCAUAUGGGACAACUUUAUCUGGAAGUUUCUGGAUCAGUAUCUUUUGCCGUACAUCAACGGUGAUACCAUCUUGGCCAAGCACAUGUGUUGUCCGACAAUUCUGAAGGCUUUUACGCUGAAUUGGUUGCCUGAGCCCAACUUUAAAGAAGGAGAGUUGAAGUGGCAUAAUAGACCGGUCGUUGUCAAGGAGUGA